GUGAGCAAUUGAUCGUGCAACCAGACACAGUUAAAGAAGGCCACUCACUCAGAAAUUCGCUCCUCUGAGCAUAAUGCUGCACCAUUGGGUCACUUAUUUCACAUAUAUCGUAUCUCUAGCUACUGCACAAGCGCUAUGAUCAUUCAUAAUAAAAAUAGCAAUAGCAGUAUUUUAUGUGCGCGAAGAGGAAAAUACACAGAUCGGAGAAAAUGUUUUAGAAAAAAAUGCGAACAAUUUUCAGAAAAUUUUAAUUUGUGAGUAAGCAGCAGAACUGCAAAAUAUUUAUCGAACGGGCGUGCGCGAUCUAUUGGAUCGAUCAGUCGUUAGUGGAACGGUGUCGGUAGCGAAAGUGUUCUGUACUGGUAUACGCGGUAUCUUUAAUGAUCAUUAAACGAUUUUGAAAUUGUCAAAAAAAAAAAAAAAAGAGUGCACCCGUUUAGAGACGCAUUUAAACAACAAGUGUGUAUUAAAAGCAUAGUCUCACAGCUACGCCGCCGCCAUCACUGACUGUCUGUGCUGCAGCGCAAUUCCAAGUUUUCCGGCACAACGCCAACCACACAACACGAACAACGCGUACACUGCCGCGCCCACGCGCGCAUCAAUCAAAACAAAACAAGAGCGAAAGCGAAAUAAAUGGCCAGUAACAACAGCGCCAGCGCUAGCGCGCGCACAACAAAUGGAAACGGCAGCGCCACAAUUGUUGAAUCAAACUUCGCCAACGAAAUGUUGCGCGCCAUUGUGGCCGCGCACAGCACUGAGAAUGUUAUCAUAUCACCGCUACAGCUGGAGGCAUUGUUCACCCUGCUCUAUCUCGGCAGUGAUGGCAGCACCGCGGAAGAGCUUCAGCGUGUGCUGCAGCUGAAACGUUUCGCGAGCAAUGCCAAAAUGGCAAACCACUUUGCGACGGAACUACAGCUGAGCACCGAUGUUGCCGCUGAUACGCACAUGCAGAUGUGCAACGAAUUGUUGCUGCCAGAGCAGCUUGAAAUCGGUGAUGAAUUUUGCAAAAUCGCUCAAAAAUAUUUCCAUACAACAGCGGUGCAGCGAGAUUUAUGUAGCCCACCGAAAUUGCGCGCGCAGCUUGACGAGGAUUUGGCAAAGGUGGCCGAGGGUUAUGCGUGGCGCAUCACUGAUGCCACGUUGUUCACAGCCGCAACACCUGAUGCAGCCUCGGCCAUCGUGUUGGCAGCGGUGCAUUUUCAGAAUAAAUGGUUUCUACCAUUCAGCGCCUACCGCACUGGCUUGUACGACUUCCAUUUAAGUUCAGAUGAAGCGCCCGCGGCCAAUGCCACGUCGGCAACUGCGGCCGUGCCUAUGCUCUUCGACGAUGAUAUGUUCGUAAAAUUUGCGGAGUUUCGCGAGUUGGACGCGCGUGCCAUUGAAUUGCCUUACGAGCAUGAUUACGAGCUGGCCAUGUUGGUGCUGUUGCCCAAUCGAAGAGAUGGCCUGGCGGCACUUGAAAAGCAGCUGCAGUCGGCCGAUCUCAAUGCGCUGACGGAACGUAUGCAAAUGGAAAGCGUGCAGGUUCUUUUGCCGAAAUUCAGUAUUGAUUUUGAAUGCAGUCUGCGGAGGUACUUGGAACAGCUGGGCCUUACAAAGAUUUUCUCCAAAGCAUCAAAUUUUAAAAAUAUGUUGGCUGAAAACAGCACAGCUUCGCUGACGAUUGCGGAUAUUCUACACAAAGUCUGCAUUGAGGUGAACGAGUCAGGAACUGAAGGCGUCAAUAGUGUUGUCCACAAACCGAUUGUGAUUAGCAAUUCGAUUGAUUCCCGCAAGAAAUUCUUUCGUGCCGAUCAUCCCUUCUACUUUGCCAUACGAAGUCGGGAAGCUACGUAUUUUGUGGGUCAUAUAACGAAAUUUUGAGCACUCUUGACUUUGUUCAUUCAAUGUUAUUUAUUUUAAUUUAAAUGUGUACAUAUGUAUGUAUGUCUUCAUAUCUAUAGUGUUUGUUGCUCUAAAAAAUACUCAUUCAUUUAACUAAGCGAAGCGGGUUGCUGUUAAGGUCGCCUGGUGCUGUAAAUCCAUAGCCAAUAAAAUGGCAAUAAAUAAAA